AUGUCUGAGCUCACUCGUACUUUGCCGGCUUCUUGGUACUGCAGUGACUCUCUCUACCAGUUGGAGCGGCGGGCAGUCUUUCUCAAAUCCUGGUACUUGCUCGGCCCGGUUACGAGAUUCCAGAAAGUGGGCGAACAUGUCCCGUAUGAAGUCGCGCAGCAGUCUAUCUCUGCUGUUCGCACUUCCGGUGAUAGUUUGAAUCCGACUCCCGAGGAGCUGAAGGUGGUCCUCGUGAAGACGGGUGAGGAAGUCCGUAGUCAUGUCACUCCAACCGGACUGUUGUUUUCAACUAUAUCCGAGGACGCACCCAGUUUCCAUGAGUUCUUCCCAGAGCUUGAAGAACUCCUUGGUAAAGUCGAUUUUACCAAAUUGCCGCAUCGUCGCAGCAUCAGCUACGAGGGUCGCUUCAACUGGAAAACAAUGGUGGACGGAUAUCAAGAGUGCCUGCACUGCCAGUACACCCAUCCGUCUUUCUCGAUUUACUACCCGCCAACUUUCUAUAGUGUGCACAACAAGCACAACUUCUCCCAGCACAUUGCAGACCCAAAGAAGCCAGAUGAUGGCCUGUUCUUGUACUUCUUCCCAAACUGUACGCUGAACGUCUACGGUGGUGGCAUGUCUUCGUUCAGGGUCUGUCCGACCGCCGAUCCGCACGUCACCCGGAUGGAAUUUGACUAUUAUCAUCUUGCCGAGGGGGAGAAGUUUGAAGAGUAUUUCAAGUUUGUGCGCCAGGUUGCUAUGGAAGAUUUUGAGCUCUGCGAGAAGGCUCAGGAUAACCUGGCCAAGGGGGUUUAUCAUGAAGGAAUUCUUAACCCUGAAAAGGAGAAUGGCGUGUCUUACUACCAGCGACGAGUGUUUGAUAUGGUGUGUGAGCAGCAUGCUGCUGAUAGAGCUGCUAAGACAAUCAAGGAGUCUGGAGCAGAGGAACAUGUGGCAUCUCCAAUGGUCCAAAUGACAGCGUACUAG